UAAUCCAAGACGGAGAGAGGGGGCAUCUGCUUCGCGCUGAGCUUUUCACGCAGGACCUGGAGCGUGGACGUUGCGUUUCUACGGGAGGAGAUGGUGAGGUCCGGAGCGGUGCGAGUGGUGGCCCGCACGUUGGAACUUGUGGGUGAAAAAGUGAAGUAGGAAGGGGGGAUCGUUGUCCCAUGCUGGGGGGGAGAGACACGGACUGAGAUUUACUUUCUCGGAUGCAGUACAAGCAGCGGUUCAUAAAUGCGCCUCCUCGUCCAAGAUCAGAGAAAAAUGAGCAGUUACUCUAGUAACUUUCUGCUAGUCCCCAUUCCGGAAUAUCCAGUUUUAGACUGCGUGCCCAACAAGACUGUGAAGAUCGUUGUUCUCGGCGCCAGUAAUGUUGGCAAAACAGCCUUAAUAGUGAGAUUUCUCACCAAGAGAUUCAUUGGAGACUAUGAAGCCAAUACAGGAGCCCUUUAUUCCCGAAAAAUUAACCUAGAGGGGGAGCAGGUCUCUCUUCAAGUCCAGGACACACCCUGUGUUGCACUCCAGGACGAUGCGGAUGGCCUGUACUGCCAAGAGCAGAUCAACCGCUCCAUCUACUGGGCUGAUGGCUACGUGCUGGUCUUCUCCAUCACUGACCACAGCAGCUACCGCACCGUCCAGCCCCUGUACCAGCACGUGCGCAAGAUCCACCCCACGGGCAACAUCCCCGUCAUUCUGGUGGGCAACAAGUGCGACCUGCUCCGGGCUCGCCAAGUGGCCGCCAGCGACGGAGAGGCGCUGGCCCAGGAGCUGGGAGGGGUGUACUUUGAGGCCUCCGCCCGGGAGAACCACGAAGGCGUCCACGCCGCCUUCCUGCACCUCUGCCAGGAGGUCAGCCGGGCCCUGGGCAGCUGCAACGGCGAGAAACGGAGAGGCCUGCACCUGGUCAGGCCGAAGUCGCCCAACAUGCAGGACCUGAAGCGUCGCUUCAAGCAGGUGCUGUCCUCCAAGGUGAAAUCGUCUACCACCCUGUGACCUCCUGUCACUCACGCAUGGAAGAGGAGGUGUCGUACCCUUCUAGGCCGAGCGAUUCAAGACCAGCAACUUGCCGAACUACAAGUGUAUUCCUUGGCCAAGAUGGCAUUGAAUGGAAGUGACUGGAGAGACUCUGGCAGCCAUGGAAACCUAUGAUGUCAUCUGCCAGCCCAUCAGUCUCUAUUGCUUCAAUACAGCUCUUGCUAAUCUCUGACCUGACUUCACUAUGGUCUCGCUUGUGAAGGCUGUAUAGAUCUGUAUCUUAAUGAAGGAGCUGCACUGAAACACUUCCUCGAAGAUCCCUGAAAGGCAAGAGACCAUUCAGAGGCUGGUUUCCCAUAGGCCCCUGCCAAUAAAAAAGCUAUUCCUUCUCGUCAAAGUUCUCCUGUGUAUGACUGUAAGCAAGGAAUCCAAUAUUUAGGGAAUCCAAAUGCCUGGUUUGAAGGAGCUGGUACUUUUCCAGCUUGACUUCUGGAUUUUGUCCAUUAAAAAUCACCAGCCAAAGCAUAAUCUCCAUUUAAGGAUGGAAUAAUCCCAGGAUAUGUUGACAAUCAUCAAAUGUGCUCAUUUAACCAAAGUUCACAUAUCACAUUUUGAUCAGACAUUGUUGAUUGCUAUGGAUUUCUGGGAAACAGUGGAAUUUAUAGUAGAUAUUUUUAAUGCUAUUUUUAUGUGGAAACUUGUUUUAAGAGCAGUUGUUUUUUAAAAAAAUAAAGUGCUGGAAAUGUUGGUUUGCACAGUAACAUACUUGGAUCUGUAUCCCAGGUCCUGAUGAAAUAAUUCUGUAGGUAUUAUAAACACCAGGAAAUCACCAGUGGAUGAAAAAUCGGGGAAUGUUGACAAUUACAACCCUCCCCUUUGAUUCAUUCAGUUAUGUGAUUCAAAGAGGAGCUAAAACUAAAGAAACUGGCAUCUCAUGAAGACCAGAGUUAAAUUAGUGGUUUGUAAAAUUCCAACAAUGAUCUAUCACACAUUUAAACAUUCCUUUUAUUUUUUUGGCUGUUGACUGAUGUUCAGUGUUGUCAGCACUCUGUUCAAUGUAUACUUAAGGGGUUCUUAAAGCUCAGAAAUAUGCAGUGUGCCAAGAAGAUAAAGUUAAUGUUCUUCUAAUUGGGAUCUUGUUUUUUAUUUGCUGAAUAUAAAAACAAUCUGUAGCCUUCAUUGCUCAGGAAUGUUCUCCUCUUUGUAUCAGGGAAUUUUUAAUUUCAGAUUUUGGAGGCAGCAGUUUCUUCUGACCCACCAGGAUUUCCAUUUUGCUUUACAAGGGCACCAAAAUGAGUUUCACAGGUAAAAUUUCUACCAAAUCCUUAUCGUUUAUUGUUCUAUUCAGAACUGCACACCACAGAGCAAUGAAAUACAGUUCCAAAAUGCCAACAACACCGCACACCCAUAUGUACUGUGUUUCUGCUUUAGUACCCAAGCAGGGCAAACAUCACCUGUAGAGACUACAGCUGAUACAGACAUUACCUGGUACAGACAUCACCUGAACGGCUAACGGUGGUACAAACAUCACCUGCAGAGGUUACAGCUGGUACUGCUAUCACCUGUACAGCUAUCACCUGGUACAGACAUCACCUGUAGAGGCUACAGUUGGUACAGACAUCACCUGUAGAGGCUACAGUUGGUACAGACAUCACCUGUAGAGGCUACAGCUGGUACAGCAAUCACCUGUACAGCUAUCACCUGGCACAGACAUCACCUGUAGAGGCUACAGCUGGUACAGCUAUCACCUGUACAGCUAUCACCUGGUGCAGACAUAACCUAGUCCAGGCCACAGGUGACAGUGUGGUCAUCUUGUGUGAGCUACAGAGCACAGUUCCAAUGAUUAAGCUGAUUGAAUAAGCCCACCCUGUAUGUGACCAUUCCCCCCUUCCCCCUUCACAAUGAAUACACUACCCCAGUUUCAUGAUAUCUGCUGAUCUCAACAGAAUAUUGUUCCUUAAUAAAGUUCGCUAUUCACA